AUGGCCGCUGCGACGGUUUGCGGAACCUGGCCAGACCGCUCGAAUCACGCCUUCCCAACAAACCGGCUUUCGACGAGGCCGGCUGGGCGAAAUAGAGCAUCGGGAGGACUGCUGGAUGCUUCUGUCCUAAAGGCACAGCUGCGCGCCAUUGCACAGACGUGGGUAGGGCUAUGCGCCAGGUUUGAGCAGCCACGUUCUCAAGUCCGCUGCUCCCAAACAGGUAGAACAGUGCUCAUCCUACCGGACAUAUCUCCAAGGUGGCUUCGCGCUUUAUCCCUCACCGAUGACCUAGAACCGCUUUCCUCGGGCCUUCACGACCCUACAGAUAGCGGUGCAUACGCACAGAGCCGCUCUCUGCGCUCAAACGACCUCCAUACUGAAGACCUAGGACCUUACCGUACACGGUCCGAUGCUCCACAUCGGAAGGACGGUCUUCUUCCCUGCCCCAGUACAUCCUACCGAGUCGACUUUGAAAGUGACCAAGGAUUUCGACAAGCCGCAAAAAAGAAAAAGAACAAGGCGGCACCGGCGGGCAAGGCGAACAACAGCAAUGCUGAUGAUGGGGCCAAGAAAGAUGGCGGUGGCGAAGACGCUGGGGACGGGAACAAUGGGGGCGCAGGCGGUGAUUCCCCGAGUGGAGAUGCAGGCAACACUGGCGGCGACGGCGGUGACGGAGGCGACGAUAAUAAGAACGAGGAUAAAAAGGAUGACAAGGCCGAAGAUGAGAGCAAAGCCACUGCAGAAGAGAAGAAGGAAGAAACACCGGACGACAAACAGGAAUCGACCGAAGCGGCUCCCGUGGAUGACUGGUUUGCUCCCGUAACUACCAAGAAGAAAAAGGGGAAGAAGGGCGCUGUAGCCGCCCCUGCCCCUGCAGCUGCUCCGGAUCCCCCCCCUGCUCCAGACCCUCCUGCUGCUCCAGACCCUCCCGCUGCCACAGACGAGCAGAAGGCCACCGAUUUUGGACUCCCUGCCGUGGAAUCCGGAUCAGGUGGGUUUGACGCUUUCCAGGAGAUCAAACUGGAUUCGAAUCCGAGUCUCGACAUUAGUUUUGGCGCUUCGGACUCUAAACUGAGCUCGUUCGGCGGGUGGGGCUCCAAACUGAUUAACACGGUUGGCUCCUCCUGGGCUUGGGGCAAAAAGACCUCUACAGAGGAUAAGGCCAAGGACGAAAGCGGGGUCGACGGCAACCCAUGGGGCAUUGGUAAAUCCAAGCAAAACAAGUCCCUUUUCUCUUUCACCGCAACUGACGAGGCCGACGGAGCCAAUCAAGAUCCGAAACCUGCCGAGAACGAGCCAAAAAAGGAGGAGAGUUUCGACUUUGGCUUCUCUACGACGGUCAAGAAAGACAAGAAAAAGAAGAAAAACAGCAUAUGGGAGCCCGAGCCUGAGCCCGAACCCGAACCCGAACCCCAGGCGGAACCGGAGCCUACCCCUGCCCCGGAUACCAGUGCCCAAGCAGAGGAGGAUUGGUUUGCUCCGGCGUCCAAAGGUAAAAAGAAGAAGAAGGGGGGGCUGGUCGCCGAGGAAGUCAAGGUAGAGGAGUCAAAACCGGCUGAGCCGGCCGUCAAGGCGGCAGACGACCCUUGGGACUUCUGGGGCGCUAGCAAGAAGAAGAAAAAAGAGGCGGCAGCCGCACCUGUUGAGGCUCCAAAGUCCGAAGAAAAGCCUGCUGACCCCGAACCCGAACCAGAGCCCGAACCCCCGGCGGAACCUGAGCCGACGAAAACCAGUGGUGGCGACGAUACGUGGGGUGCCUGGGGUGCUGUCACCACAAAAAAGGGCAAAAAGAAGAAAGGUAAGGCUGAUGUUCCAGAGGAGCCUCCGAAGGACCCAGAGCCGGUCGCGGAACCAACAAAGGAACCCGAACCCGAACCCGAGGUUGCCUCAAAGGAGAAGGUGGAGGAUUUCAGUUGGGGAGCGGUGACCAAGAAAGACAAGAAGAAAAAGGGCAAGGCAGCUGAACCCGAACCCGAACCUGAACCUGCUCCCGUACCGCCUAAAGAACCGGAGCCGGAGCCGGAGCCGGAGCCUGCCCCGGAACACGAGCAGAAGAAUGACAUCUGGGGCUUUACUACCACUUCCUCAAAGAAAGACAAGAAGAAGAAAGGCAAAAGUAAGGAACCGGAACCCGAGCUCCAGAAAGAGCCGGAACCUGAACCUGCAUCUGUGCCGGAGCCCGAGCCGCAACAGGAACAGGAAAAGAAUGACGAUGAUUUCUGGGGUCUCACCACCUCUAAGAAGGCCAAGAAAAAGAAGGGCGGCAAGACGGAGGAGCCUGCCAAGGCGCCUACGCCCGAGCCCGAUCCCGAUCCCGAGCCUGAACCUGAGCCCGAACCAACACGCGACCCUGACCCUGAACCUGAGCCUGCGCCGGUCAAAGAGGAAGAUGACUUUUGGGGGGCCGGCGUCUCUUAUAAAAAGAAGAAGAAGGGCAAGAAAUCUAGCACUGAGACUCCCAAGGAUCCCGAGCCUGAACCUGUCCCUGCGGUGGAACCGGACCCAGAACCAGAAACGAUUCCUGAGGAAAAGAAAGAUGAUGACGCUUGGGGGCUUUCUACCUCCAAGGAGAAGAAGAAGAAGGGCAAAGGCAAGAAUGUCGAGGCGGAAUCGCCAGCAGAACCCGUACCUGAGCCAGAGCCCGAGUCCGAAACUAAGCAAGAUGACGAUUUCUGGGGUUCCUUGGGCACCAGCGCCUCCAAGAAGGACAAGAAGAAGAAGGGGGCCGUUCUCGAGGAUAGCAAAGCGGACGAAGCUUCCCAAACAAACCAGCCUGGCGACCAAGCAACUGACGACAUCUGGGAUUCCUGGGGUACUGACAAGAAGAGCAAGAACUCCAAAGACUUGAUCGAUCUAGACAAGGCAGGGGAGUCGGCUGCUGGAGCCGGUUCACUGGAAAACGACGACUUCUUCAAUUCAUGGAGCACAGGCAACGAGGAUCAGACCAAGCACGAGGAAGAGGAAGUCCAGCGGCUAGAAGAGGAGGAGCGACAGCGGCAGGAGGCAGAGGAGCAGGCGCGCAAGGACGCCGAAGCUGCUGAUGCAGCGAGGGAGGAGGAAGAGCUGGCAGUUCUGACGGCCAAAAAGAACAGCGCGAAAAAGAAGAAGCUGAACAAGAGCGACCAAGAGAAGUUCGACCGUCUAACGGCAAGCAUCAAGAAGCGCGCCGAGGAGAAGGCGGCACGCGAGGCUGAAGAGGCGGAAUCAAAGCGACAGAAGGAGUUGGAGGAGGAGCGUGCCAUCAAAGAAGCCGAAGAAAAGGCUAUCAAAGAGGCCGAGGAGAGGGCUGAACGCGAGCGGCAAGAGGAGGCUGAACGGGAACGGGAGGAGCAGGCCGAACGGGAACGGGAGGAACAGGCGGAACGAGAACGGGAAGAGCAGGCUGAGCGGGAACGGGAGGAGCAGGCUGAGCGAGAACGGCAAGAAAAGGCCGACCGCGACCGGCAGGAGGCCGAAGCAUCAUCCACGAAGAAAGGCAAAAAGAACAAGAAGAACAAAGCCAAGGCCAAGGAGGAGGAGGAGGACAAGCCCAAGAGCCGCGGCAUCGAAGACGACGAGUUCAAGGACGUCAAGCUCACAGCAGAGGAGAUCGAAGAGUUACUGGCCGACAAGCCCAAGGAGGUGGUUCCGGCUUCUCCUCCUGCUGCUGCUGCUACAGCCGCCGCACCCGCAGCCGAAGACCCCUUCAGCUUUUGGGGGGCCGCCAAGAAGUCGAGCUCCAACAAAUCCAAGAAGGGUUCAAUGCUACCUGACGCAUGGGAUACCCCUCCCCAUGCGGCACCAGGGCCGGAAAUUGCGUCUGCUGAGUCAUCCAAGGUUCUGGAAGCUGCCAGUUUCGGCGCGAUUGGCGCGUCUGCCACCGAGGUGUGGAAGGCCACCUCACCGUCACCCGAAACGGUCAAGUCGAUGAAGUCCAAGAAGGCUGUAAGCGGCAAAAUCGCGGAUCGCCUGCGUGCCUUUCAGGUGAUUGACGACGAUAACGCCGAUGACGACGCCGACGACGACGCGCGUAUUGAGUCGCUAGCGCCACCGCCACCACCGCCCGUUCCCGCUCCUCAAGCUGCCACGCCAAAGGACGAGAAGAAGAGCGGAUCCAAAAAGAGCAAAGCCAAGAACAAGGGGCUCAUCAUCGACGUUGACGCGUUUUCUCCCUUACCUCCCCCACCUCCCCCCGUUGCUUCCGCUGCUCCACGCGCCUCCCAGUCCGGCUUGCCCGGCAGCUUUCCGCUUGACGACGAGGACGAUCAUAUCGGUGACGGGUUUGACGGCGACGAGAUUGUAGAAAUCGUCGACAUGGCCCCGGCAAAGAAGAGCAGCAAAAAGACUAAGAAGGCCUCAGCGACUCCGGAAGAGGCCGGCGUUCCUCCACCGCCCCCUCCUGUUCCUAUGCCGCCACCGGCCGUGCCGGACGCCCCAGUAUCGACUCCCCUUGUCCGAUCAUCCAAGAAGGAGCGGCCCAAGGUCAACCGUGACGGGUCAUCGUCAUGGGGCAUGUGGACAACGGCAACCCCGACCAAGGAGCCGAAGAAAUCACCGCCAAAAGUCAAGGCAGAGAAGGAGUCUAGCUCCAAGAAGAAGGCGUCGGCGGCCGACAAAGCGGAGAAGUCGUCAUCCAAGGAGUCCGGCUCUGACAAGGCCGAAAAGGUGCGCUCCAAAGAAACCCCGGGCCGUUUCCCGAGUGUAUUCGCAAGCACGCCGCCUCUCUCACGCUCCGUUUCCACCCGGGAGAAGCGUCACAGCGCAAGCGGGAAGUCGAGUUCGCGGAGACACUCAGUUGAUUUGAGCACCGGCAUCAUGAGUCCUCCUCCCGAAGAGAUGGCGAGCAAGGCGGCCAAGGUCCUGGGCGUGGGUAUCGGCGCAGGACUCGGCCUGUCCAGAUCUGGCAGCAGACGCAUCAAGAAGAGCGCCGCCGAGGAGGACGACGACAUCGUCAUGGUUGGCGCGAACGACGCAAUUCCCAGCCCCGAUAAAGCAGAGCGUCGGCGAUCAAGGCAAUAUCCGCGAGACGAUGACAUUGUCAUGGUCGACGCCGCAGACGCAACUCCCUCCCGUCCGCCUCUUAAACGAUCCAACUCUUCGGCCAAGAAACCGUCGGGCUUGUCGUCCAUAUUUGGCGGCGUCUUCAACCCGCGCGCGGAGCCGCCGCGUUCGGAGCCUCGCCGUCGUAGCACGUAUCCAACCACCACAGAUGACGAAGCUGCCAAACAAAGGCCAGAAGAAACGGAGGCUGAGCGUGACGCCCGCCGCGCCGCCCGCCGCGCUCGUCGCGCCGAAAGGGAAGCUGCCGAGCAAGCUGCUGCCGAGGAGGCGCGGCGCGCCAAGGACGAGGCCCGCCGCGAUAAGCGCAGAAAGCUGGAACAGGAGGAGGAAGCGCGCCGUCAGGAAGAGAAGGAAGCCCGUCGCGCCGAAAGACGGGCGCAGCGCGCUCGCGAGGAAGCCGAGCGCCGCGCCGCCGAGCUGAAAGAAGCCGAACGCGCCGAGCGACGCAGAAGAAGGGUUGAACAGGAGGCGGCUGCCGCUGCCGAGGCGGAAGCCGAAGCGCGACGCGCGGCCAGAUCUGAGCGGCGCAAAAGCUAUUAUCCGGACGAGUCGGGUCGCGAAGAGGAUGAGGAAGAACGUGAGCGGCAGCGCCGGAGACGAGACCGAGUGGCGAGGCAUGCUGCGAAGGCUGCUGCUGCCAAGGAGGCAGGUAGUAGAGACGAGAGACGGUCAAGUCGCAAAACGAUGAACUCGGGAGACGAGCAGCAGCAGUAUGUGUAUUCCUACCCGAGGACGUCGAGGGAAAACACGGGCUCGUGGCCCCACUCGGGCACGUCGUCGUGGGUCAAGGAACACUCGGAUGCGCCGCCGCCGCCCGAGGUGGUGGAGAACGGGGAGGAUGGUGUUGUUGAUGACAUGAAUGGCGUGCACGAGGUUGAUGACGAGGCCGCAAGGCGCGAGGCUCGCAGGGCGAGAAGGCGCGAGGCUAGGUAUGCUGAGGCGGGCGCCAAUGCGGAAGAGGCGGAGGAGGAUAGAAGGAGACGGAGGCGCCGUGAGGAGAGGGAACGCGAGAGGGAGAGGGAACGGCGGAUGGGCGCGUCGGAUGGCAGCGGCGAAGGCCGUCGCGACAGCAAGCGAAACUCGGCCUUGUUUGGUGGCGCGGAUACGACACCCCGCAGCUCCUGGUGGAAGAGGCUCACUGGAGGGGGGUGA